AUGGAAAUUUCUAAAAAAAUUAUACAUUCUCUGAUACCUGUUACUGGUUCAGAAUUUGAAGUUUUUGAUAAUGUUACUGAAAAUGUCAACUCAACCUCUAUAAUGUCUCUUCCAAUAACUUCAAUUUUAAUGCAAGUUUUUUCAAUGGUUCUGCCAUUUAUUCCUCCAAUAGUUCUACCACUUAUUCCUUUAACGGUUCUGUUACUUAUUCCUUCAAUAGUUCUAUCACUUAUUCCUUCAACGGUUCCAUCACCUAUUCUUCCAACGGAUGAGUCUAUCAACAUUGAUUCUCUAAUUCAGACUGAGAUUUCUAUCAACAUCGAUUUUCAUAUAUCGCCUCAAAUUUUAGAAUUAUCUAUUGGAAAUUGUUUUGCUUCUUGA